AUGUCUGCCCUCCUGGCUGGAUACGCCUCAUCCGAUGAUGAGGACGCACCAGGACCCUCGACCUUGAAGACUACCGUCAGCGCCGUCGACGAUGUGGACGAUAAUGACGACGAGCUCGAGGCUCAGACGCGCGAGGAUGCCUUUGGACUCUCUUCCGUGAGGCAACUCAAGGCAUCAAAGGUUGCGACCAAGCUCGACGUUACCUCGGCACCAGAUGUUCUGGCAGAGGACCCCAAUGCUGUCUCAAACGCCGUGAUCGCGCGCCCAACGGACCAGGUCGUCAACGUAAACCUCCGGUACGAGGACAUGACCAAGCCCGUCCAAGGGCCAGAAGACCCGUUCAAUCAGUCCAAGAACAAGGGCAUGAACUCGGUUGCUGGCCAUGUCGAGGAGCAGGUGAUGGACACGUACGAGUUUGAGCGCCAGAAGCGGACAUUCGACGUCCACGGCUACGCGUACGACCCCUCCGUCGCGGGCAACGGCGCGUUGAUCGGGUCGGCGGAGACGGCAGCGACGAAUGGGUUCAACUUGAUUGACACGCUGAGGCCAUCAAAGGCACAGCGUAAGGCGGUCAAGAGGAAACGCGCGGGCAAGGGCGACGCGAGCGUCGUCGACGGCGUUGACGCUUACAUGGGCCCGUGGGCUGGGUACGACGAGCCCAAGGACGAGGUCGCGAUGGCCGAGGAAGAAGAGGAGGAGGAUGAGGAAUGGCGUAUCGAGAAGAAGCGCCGCGAGGAUGCCAAGGCCACUGCGCAGGAGAAGAUGAAGCAGUCGACCGAGGAGAAGUCGACGUUCCACGGUAAAGAGCUGUACGACUACGCUGGACGGUCGUACCUGCACAUCCCGACCGACGUCGACGUCAAGCUCAACCCAACAGAAGGGACGCCACCACCCAACGCAUAUGUGCCAGACGGCAACUGUAUCCAUACCUGGACGGGCCACACCAAGGGCGUAUCGGCCAUCCGCCUCUUCCCCCGCAGUGGCCACCUCCUGCUCUCGGGGAGUAUGGACACGAAGAUCAAGCUCUGGGACGUUUACCACGAGGGUAACUGCUUGCGAACGUUUAUGGGCCACUCGCAGGCUGUCAAGGACGUGGCGUUCGAUCGCAAGGGCGAGCGCUUCCUGUCAUCCUCGUACGACCGCUCUGUCAAGUUGUGGGACACGGAGACCGGCAAGGUCAUCUCGCGCUUCUCGACGGGCAAACUCGCCAACGUCGUCAAGUUCCACCCAGAAGCUGACAGGCAAAACAUCUUCCUCGCCGGCAUGCAGGACAAGAAGAUUCUGCAAUGGGAUAUCCGCUCGCACGAGAUUGUGCAGACGUACGACCAGCACCUUGGGCCUGUCAACACGAUCACGUUUGUUGACAACAACCGCCGCUUCAUGACGACGUCGGACGACAAGACAAUCCGCGGGUGGGACUUUGACAUUCCUGUUGUCAUCAAGUACAUCGCCGAGCCGUACAUGCACUCGAUGCCGUCGGUGGCCAAGCACCCAGGGAACAAGUGGGUGGCCGCGCAGUCGCUCGACAACCAGAUCCUCGUCUACUCUGCGGACGGGGCGUUCCGGCAAAACAAGAAGAAGCGUUUUGCCGGACACACGAUCGCGGGGUACGCAUGCGCGAUCAACUUCUCGCCGGAUGGCAAGUACAUCUCGUCGGGUACGGGCGGCGGCGACCUGGUGUUCUGGGACUGGAAGACGGGCCGCAUCGAGAAGCGGCUGCGUGCGCACAAGCAGGUCGUGAUUGACCACUGCUGGCUGCCAAACGAGCAUUCCAAGGUGAUCACGGCUUCGUGGGACGGGUUGAUCAAGUUGUGGGCAUGA